UUUCAGUCUGACGGUAGCCUUCGUCGACGGUGGCUGGAACCUUCCUCGAACGGGAAGCGGUACGGAGUGUAGGCACCUUACCAUUCCGGAACUGGCAAACUCGUCACAUAAAAAAUAAAGUGAGCCAUCGGGACAAGCUUUGAGAUUGUGCUUGACUGGCGUCGAAUAAAAGUGUUAAAAAAUCGGUGUUUGUUGCGAAACAGGAGCGAAAGUUUCCCUGAGUGGCAUGUCAGUUUCCAAUUUCAGCAACCCAGUGACCCCAAAUUUUAGUGAGCGCCAGUGUACCAGUGACCGGAAUGUUGAAAAGUUGAAUCCUGGCCCCGUUUUAUCCAGUCAGCAGUUCGCCAUGUAAACCGAGAGAAAGAAAAAGUGUCCAAAAAAGAACGGAAAUCUACCGGACAGUGUCGUCCGUAAAUGGAGAGAAAAAUUACGAUACAACCGUGUUUUGUACGUGUUGCUGGAACUGAUUUGUGCCAUGUUUUGUGCUGCGUCUAGCGUUAACCGCAGCAAACCGGACAAGAUGUCCCGUUCGGUGUUCGGUGCGAUCGAACCGGACGAGCAGGGUUGCCGAGGAUGCUGAGGUUAAGGUGUGUCUGCGCGAUAAGUUGUGAGUGUUUUCCCGGAAGCUUGGCAAAAAGGUGUGAAAGUUAAGCACCCCCGUUAACCUCCCUAUUCGACCAGCGUCCGUUGCACAGCGCUAGCACGCCCCAAACGCUGCGCAAAAUGAGCGAGUCGGUCGAGCUGGAGCUGUUGAUAAAUUGUACCCAGGCGACCGUUCUGCGGUUUCCCUGGUCGACCGACUUCAAUACCACCGUGAUCGGCGAACUGAAUCGGACGGAAGUGCUCGACGUGUUGGGCGAAAUGAUUACCAGAAGCCGUGGGUACGUGCCCAAGUCAGCCGACCUGCUAACGCUAAGGGAGUUCAUCACGGAAUGCCUGUUCCCGACCACCAAAAGCCCGUACGAGCUGCCCUGGCAGCUGAAGACCGCCUGGGGCGUAGUGUUUGGCGCGAUGCUGCUCGUGGCCAUCACCGGCAACUGUAUCGUCCUGUGGAUCGUGCUUGCCCAUCGUCGUAUGCGCACCGUAACAAACUACUUCCUGCUGAACUUGAGCGUGGCCGACCUGCUGAUGUCCUCGCUGAACUGCUCGUUUAACUUUAUCUUCAUGCUCAACUCCGAUUGGCCGUUUGGUUCGGUAUACUGCACGAUAAACAACUUCAUGGCCAACAUGUCUGUCGCAUCGUCCGUGUUUACGCUCGUGGCAAUCUCGUUCGAUCGGUAUAUUGCGAUAGUGCAUCCGUUGCGUCACCGGACGUCAAGGAAGAAGGCCCGGAUCUUUCUUUUAAUCAUCUGGGCGUUGAGCUGUGUCCUGGCGGCACCGUGCCUGAUGUACUCGACUGUGAUGACGAAGCGAUAUAAUAAUGGCAAAACGCGAACCGUAUGCUACAUGCUGUGGCCGGACGGACGAUAUCCUACAUCCAUGGCAGAUUACAUCUACAACCUGGUGUUCCUGAUACUCACCUACGGUAUACCGAUGUUGAUCAUGAUCGUCUGCUACUCGCUGAUGGGCCGCGAGCUCUGGGGUAGCCGCUCCAUUGGCGAACACACCGAACGGCAGCUCGAGUCGAUGAAAUCGAAAAAAAAGGUUGUACGAAUGUUUAUAAUUGUGGUGACGAUAUUUGCUAUCUGCUGGUUGCCAUAUCAUCUGUUCUUCGUGUACGCGUACCACAACAACCAGAUGACUUCGUCGAGCUACGUGCAGCAGCUUUAUCUGGGCUUCUACUGGCUCGCCAUGUCAAACGCAAUGGUUAACCCCAUCAUCUACUACUGGAUGAAUGGCCGCUUCCGGGUGUAUUUCCAGGAAAUCAUAUGCUUCUGCUGCCUGCAGUUCAUCAACUCGCGUAUGCGGGACGGCGUGCCCCAGGGUGUGCUGUUAAACAAAAAUUCCAACUCCGAGCUGGGCCGGUACCGGUCGUAUCGACAACGGUCCGUAUCGGUACGAUGGCGGCCACCGAGCACGGAAGAGUACCGGAUGCGUACUGGCAUUGCCCGUCCGGCUCAUCUGAGCGUGCUGGAAAGUGCGGCCAACGGUGGCGGUGACAAACAGCCGGUUGCCGACAUAGCCGAACUGCAGACCAUCAACUUCCUGCACCUGAACCACAACUCGAACGAGCUACAGCACAGUUCCUCCAACAGUCACGAAUUUUCCUGACAUCCGCAGUACGAUUAAGCCCACGGUCACCGGCAAACGAUCGUUCCACCGCGACGAACCAUCCGGGAGACGAGAUUUUGCCAGUGACCGAAAAGAUGACGGAUGACCGGUUUGUGGUCCAACGCAAACACCCACACACACACACACAAACCGAUCUUUUCCUGCCAGUACGAGUGUAAGUGAGGGCUUAUUCCAGAAACUGGUGCAGCACAAGAAGCGCAAACAUACCGACACAGAUGGAACAGGCGAAACAUUCAAUUGGUUUGCUUAUUUCGGUGAAAACAGUCAAUGAACGGUCGAUGAUGAUAAGCUUUCGGGCUGGGAACACUUAGAGGUUGUAGUCGAGAUGAAGUGGUAUUUCUAAAGAAGGAUUUUAAAUUAGGUAAAAAAUGAAGUUUAAGCCCGCGGUGCGUAGUAAAGAAAAAGCGUUCGAUGCAGGUAUUGUUAGUACUGCUCGUAAUGCUCGUAAGCGAUAAGACAUAAGAAACUCAAAAAUCAACACAAAAAAACUUAUCAAGUGAGACGAUUAUUGAAAACAAAGUUUAUUUAUAGCCUAGAUCAUGUUGAUCGCUCGUGUUCUUGAGAAUUUUAUCGGAGGCAAAUGACUAGACCGAACCUUCAUUACCAUUACUGUAGCGUAGCGCAUGGUGGUGAUGUAGUUGAUAAAGAGCUAACCUUCUACUAGAGAGAUAUCCAUAUUGUACAAGUAGACUUCUGGCUUGAGCUGGUUCCAGUAGCUAGUUUGACCAUGUAACGAGGGAAAACAGGAAAUACCAGCGAUGGUACAAACAUGGACGCACGGUUCUCUUGGGCCGGUCCCACAGAGCAGGACAGGCUUCAUUUGUGUUGGGUUUAUUGAUCUCACUGGCCUAUGUGUUUGAAGCAAGUAAGAAGGCCUAGAAAAGCGCUGCAGUGGCGUUUGUUAAGCCAGUUAGAAUGUAAAGGAUGUAAAUUGGAAGAUGGUACAAAAGAGCGAGAGAGAGAGAGAGAGAGAGAGAGAGAGAACAAAACCGUAUUGAACGAAUUUGUAACAAAUGUUAGGUUAAAAAUGGUUUGAAGCUCACAUAGAUGUCAGUUAAAAACGAAACAAAACAAAAACACACAAUACAACAAAGCAUAGUGAUUUGACGAA